CGUUAGUGUUAGCCUUUUUAUUGUUCGGAUUUCCUUCCCUUUUUUCAGUUAAUGGUCACAUUACCCAUCAAAUAUUCCUUUUAUACGGUGUUCGAGUACCGAUUAUUUAUCUAAUCAAAUAAAUAUUAAUUAAAGUUGUAUGGCAAAAAGUGGACAAACAAGUGUUUAUACAGGCCCAUUAUUCCUUCCUAAAGAGCAAAUAAUAAAAUUUAUGCUUAUCGGGAAAAACGAAUUAGCAGUACCCACAAAUUUUUUUAAGAUAGCUAUUGUGGAGUAUUUGAAUGAUAUUGGAGAGAUAAAUUAUUGGAUUGAAGCAUUUGUUCUUCCAAAUGAAUUUAAUGAAUUAAUGAGUAAAAAAAUUGAAGAAGAAAUGCCUUUAUAUAAAUUAAAAGAAAAAUUGCCAGAAUUUGUAUUUAAUUGCCGAAAUGCCGGUUAUAAAAUCACUCAAAAAGAAAACUCGAAAAGGAUUAAUAUCCACAAUUUGAUAGCUAAUUAUAGCGAAUCUGUCGACUUUAUUGAACAAAAUUCUGAAUUUAGAAUUUUGACUAAAAUCAAAAAAACAAUUCGAAAUUUGAAAGGAGGGCAUAAAUUCCAUAAAGAUAAAGCUGGGGAAUUUCAAAUUAUUAAAGAAAAAGUUGUGGUAGAAAAAUAUUUGAAGAAAGAAUUAAUAAAUGUAGAGGAUGAACAUGUAGAAGAUGAAGUUUUAGAGGAUGCUUCGAUUAAAGAAAAAUUAAAUCUAGAAAAUGAAGAUAAAUUAAUUAAGAAAAAUAAUCAGAAAAAGAAGGAAGAUAAGCGUCAGAAAAGAAUUAAAGCACAAAAGGCUAAAAGAACAAAUAAAAUAGCUUCAACUAGCAAUUUAUCCGAACCAGAAAAAAAUAUUCCACAAUUGGAAGAUUCAACACCAAGUCGAUUAGCUGAAUGUUCAGACAAUUCAAAUAACAAUGAAAAUGAGCAAGUUAUUGAAGCUGAAGCAGAAGAAAGUAAUAGAGUAAUUUGGCUUAAGAAAAUAUGGAAAUAUUUAUUUUCUUCUUAA